GAACUAGUCGAACACACCCGAGUGCUGCCGAAAUACAUUCCGUCGAUUGGAUCGAGGGUGCUGGAGACAUCAUCCCGACUGAAUGUAGCAUCCUUUUCCCAGUUUUGAGAGGAAGAAUCGGUGGGCGAUUUCGGAUAAAAUGCCGUCGCUUUUAUUCUGUGGGCCCAAGUUGGCCGCCUGUGGGAUCGUGUUAAGCAUCUGGGGUGUCAUUAUGCUGUCAAUGUUGGGAAUCUUCUUCAGUGCAAAAUCUGCUGUGCUGAUCGAAGAUGUUCCUUUUACUGAGGAAGACAUCCGUGAUGACAAGAAUCCACCGCAGAACAUUUACGGACUCUACAACCAAGUUGGCAUCAACUGCUUCAUUGCUGCUGCCAUCUAUGUAGGUGUCGGAGCUGUGUCUCUGUGUCAGGUUCGCCUUAACAAGCGCCAGGAGUACAUGGUCACAUAAACCCAAACAAUUUUAAAUUCAACAGUAAUUAUCCAUAAUUUAUUUUCAAAAGACUUCUCAAUGAUCUCGGAGGACAGUUUGUUCUGUUACAUUGUCUGAAAUGGAUAUUUGGCUGUUCAUCUUCAGGUCAAAACACUAGAUAUAUUGAUAGAUAAUAGAUAAUAAAUACAAAGUGAAAUAAUUAUGUAAAACAGUAUAUAUGCACAGAUACAAAGCAGUGUGCAUAUAUAUGCAUGUUGUGUGUUAUAUUUUCCAGAAAUAUUUAGAUGGCUCUACAUUCCCUAUGAUAUAAAUAAACAAAACAAGCAGAAGGUCUUUAAUAGUUGUCUAUUAAUAAAUAACCUAAAAUACACUAUAAAACACUAUGGAUCCAUAUGAUACUUGAUGGUGUUCAUGUAGAAUGUGUGUAUGUUUGACUUUUUUUAAAAUUUAAAUA